AUGACGCCGGUGGCACCGCUGCGGGAUCGGAUCUACGUCAUCGUGGCGGCGGUGCAGAUCUUCUGGGAGGCCGACACCCCAAUGCCGUGGGGCGACGUGCACCUCCCCCACGAGCUUUUGGUUGCUAUUACGAUGGAGCAUGGCCUGCAUAUGGCAAAGGGGGAAAGAGAGACCAGCUAUGCCAACAACUCCUCGCUUCAGCGGAAAGCUUUGCUUGAGACUGCGCCGAUGCUUGGCAAGGCUGUGAUAGAAGUGUGCAUGGGUCUCUCCCAUCCAACGAUGACCGUCUGUGAUCUAGGCUGCUCUUCCGGCGAAAACACGCUCUUCUUUGUUUCGAAGGUGAUCGAAACGAUAUGCUGCCAUAAUCGCAAGCUCCGUGCCAGUACCAACGUCCAGCUCCAGGUUUUCCUCAAUGAUCUACCAGGAAACGACUUCAAUCAUGUCUUCCUAUCUCUUGAACGGUUCAAGGAGUCGGUUGCAGUGGGUCAAGAGAGAGAAACGCUACCUCCGUUUUAUAUCGCCGGGUUGCCGAGCUCCUACUACGAGAGGCUUUUCCCUGACAAAAGUGUUCAUUUUUUCCACUCGUCGUAUUCCCUCCAUUGGUGCUCUCAGCUUCCUGAAGGAUUAGAGGGCAACCCGAACGAAGGGAACAUUUACAUUGCAGAGAAUACACCACCAAAUGUAGUAAAACUGUACCAGGAGCAGUUUCAAAACAACUUCUUGCUUUUCCUGAAACUUCGAUACAACGAACUUGUGUUUGGUGGACAAAUGUUGCUUAUAUUUCUUGGAAGGAAAAAUGAGGAUGCAUACGGUGGAGGUCUGAACUAUUUGUUUGGGUUACUUGCACAAUCUAUACAAUUCCUGGUUGAAGAGGGUCUCGUGGAGAAGGAAAAGCUCGACUCCUUCAACAUACCCAUGUACGGGCCAUCAGUUGCUGAAGUGAAGACAGUGAUCGAGCAAAGCAAACUGUUCCGCAUUAACAAGAUUAAAUUGUUGGAGCACAACUGGGAUCCAUAUGACAACUCAAAGAGCGAUUACGUGGACGACCCUCCCCAAAGUGGCAUUAACGUCGCCAAGUGCUUGAGAGCAGUGACGGAGCCUCUUCUUGGGAGCCAUUUCGGUGAAUUUGUGCUUGAUGCCCUCUUCGAUAAGUACGCGCAUAAUAUUGCUGAACACCUUGAGAGGGAGAAGACGAAGUACUCAAUCAUAGUCUUAUCCCUGAAGAAAGGAUAA